GUCUAAGGCGCUCAAGUCUAAAAUGCGUCGUUUAAACCUGAAACCUCCCCACACACGAAAAAAUAAGAAGCCCGAGAUGGUAAAGUGAUUCGGAAAAUGAUAAAAACCGGCCGUUUCGAGAGUUUUCGUCGAUUGGCUUCAAGAACAAAAAUUAUCUGGAUGCUAUUUACCACGAAAAACCCCGACACAACUGCCAGACAUGUACAAGAACGUGUUCACACUGCUGAAAAGCUACAAAACUUGCUGUUGGCAGCUUCAGCGUUCAAGUCACCUCCCGAUAUCGCAUACAGCUUUUCAGCUCUUUACUCAAAAGAAUGACUACUUUAAUACUAACCAAUAUGAUCUACAAACUGAGAAAUUAUUUUUAUUCCAAACAAAAUAUCCUUUCACAAUAUCCACUAGAGACCUUCGAACAACUUAUCAAACUAAAUUUGUGAAAGAAGGGUCUUCCCGAAACAAAACAAAUGAUGUGCCUCCAAAGUUAGAGGAAGAACCAGCUAAGCUUGGCCUUUUUCAAAGGUUCAAGCAGAUGUACAAGAAAUAUUGGUAUGUUCUCGUACCAGUUCAUCUCAUCACGUCUGCUGGUUGGUUUGGCGGUUUUUACUACUGUGCAAAAAGCGGAGUGGAUCUUGUCUCAUUGGCAGAAAUGCUGCACUUCAGUGAUUCGAUUGUUGAAAAGCUCAGAUCUGGAGGGAACUCCACUGCUGGAUACAUAGCUAUUUCCUAUGCUUUGUACAAAAUCUUUACUCCUCUCCGUUACACAGUAACAUUAGGUGGAACUACGGUGGCUAUUAAUUACUUAACAAAGUACGGAUAUAUCAAGCCCAUGCCCAAAAAAGCAGAGCUUCAAAAGAUGAUAAAGGAUAGAAGAGACACUUUAAAAGAAAGAAGUGAUGCUAUGAAAUGUAAUAUAAUGAAGAAGUUCCCUCAAAAGAAAAGUAUUUAGAAUUGGUAUGUUAUUGGUCGACUGCAUUCAGAAUUCUGAAGAAGGUUACCACAACAGGACCAAUGCCUUCUACCAGGAUGGCCUAUGUGCCCAUGACCACAACCUUCAUACCCACCUGCAUAAAUAGAACAAAGUGAAUCAAAUAGUUAGUUAUUAUCUAAUUAAUUUUGUCUAGUCAGAAAUUUAGUGUUUGAUUUCAUUUCACUGUUUCAUUAUUGUACGUUGUUACAAUUUUAUUUUCUGAUUAUUAAACAAUUAUAACACAUAAUAAAAAGUACAUCUAAUUUGUACAUAAACAUUGGA